CUGGUUUAAAUUUGGUAAUAAUUCUGAGAGUGAAAGGAGUCUCCUUUUUGUCUCUUUCUGUCUCCGUUUUGAGUUUUUAUCAAAACAUUUUACUUUGCCGAUUUGCUCUCUCUUCUCUUCUCUCUCUCUGAAAUCUCUUUCCUUGAUUUUUCUUGGAGACAACGGAUCCAAAAUCGACGACACUCUCAAAACUAAAUCCAUGGAGAUUUUUCAGAUUCCGAUUCAGUUUCUCCUUCUUUAACAAAUCUCAUCAGAUUCGCCCACCAAGUGUUUGUUGAAAUUCCCGAGAGAGAGUGGAAUUAAAGAUGAAGGAUUUUCCUUCUUGCUUUGGUGAAAAUGGUGUUCAAGUAGCGGAUUCAUCGUCUUCUAACUCCGGGAAAAAUGCUCAGAAUUUGGUUACUUGUAUCUACCAGUGUCGAAUUCGUGGAAGAAAUUGUUUGAUCACUGUGACAUGGACUAAGAAUUUGAUGGGUCAAAGUGUAACCGUUGGUGUUGAUGAUUCUUGUAACCAAAGUUUGUGUAAAUUCGAGAUUAAGCCGUGGUUGUUCACUAAACGGAAAGGGUCUAAGAGUUUAGAGGCGUAUUCGUGUAAUAUCGAUGUUUUUUGGGAUCUUUCGUCUGCGAAAUUUGGAUCAGGUCCUGAAGCUUUGGGAGGAUUCUAUGUUGGUGUUGUUGUAGACAAAGAAAUGGUUUUGCUUCUUGGUGAUAUGAAGAAAGAAGCUUUUAAGAAGACGAAUGCUUCGCCUUCGUCUUUAGGUGCUGUGUUUAUUGCUAAGAAAGAGCAUGUUUUUGGUAAGAGAGUGUUUGCAACGAAAGCUCAGCUUUGUGCGGAUGGGAAAAUUCAUGAUCUAUUGAUUGAGUGUGACACGAGUGUCACUGAUCCUUGUCUUGUUGUUCGUGUGGAUGGGAAGACGUUGUUGCAGGUGAAGCGGCUUAAGUGGAAGUUUCGUGGCAACGAUACGAUAAUUGUUAAUAGAAUGGCUGUGGAAGUUCUAUGGGAUGUUCAUAGUUGGCUCUUUGGGUUGCCUCCAGCGGGUAACGCCGUGUUCAUGUUCAGGACUUGUCAAUCUACUGAGAAGAGCUUGUCUUUCUCAGAGGACAUGACAACAACAAACUCCAAGUCUCAAAGUUUUGGUUUUUCGUUGAUUCUGUACGCGUGGAAGAACGAGUAGACAAAAAAAAGAGAGUUUCUGGGUGCUAACAAAAACCUUAAAAGAGUUUGUUGAUUCCUUAUCGACAUUUUUUCUUUAUAGCAUGAUUAAUGAGUUGAUUCAUAAUUGGUUUCUGCAAUAUAUAUUUCCUUACACAAUGCUGGAUCCAGUUUGGUCUUGACGAAUGCGAUCUCUGUAUACAUCUGUUAUUUAUGUCCUAGAACUUUGUUUCCUUCUUCAGGUGGAUAGUGCGAAUACAUAUAUGCCUCGUUCGUUCGCAGUCU